AAUGUUAUUCUCUUUGUUGUUCAUAUAAUCAUAAUCUUGCCAUAAUUCACACAGUGAUUUUGUAUGACUGUCCUACAUUAGCCCUUGGUUGCUCAUCAUGUUUAGCACAGAGAAUUGAUACUGGAUUUAAUUGCAGUUGGUGUAAUGCUCAAUGUAGAGACAUUAGUGAUUGUAAUGAUGCUAAUCCUGUCAUUAGUACAGAAAACUGCCCUCUACCAAUUAUUAGUGACUUUAAUCCUAAGGCUGGUCCUCCUAGAGGUGGAACAACUAUCAUCAUUGAUGGAACUAACCUGGGUACACAGCGCUCUGACAUAGAGUCUGUUAUGAUCGGUACUAGAAACUGUAUUAUUAUUGAUGAAUAUGAACCAGGAGUAAGGAUAACAUGUACUAUUGUUCCUGAUGCUAGUGAUGAAACAGACAGGAAUGAGACUAUUACAAUAAGAGUGAUCAGAUCUAACGAUAGUGUAAAUGCCAGUAGUUCAACACAGUACCAGUUCAUAACACCAAUCAUUCAAUCAGUCAGUCCUACAUAUGGUCCUGUUAGUGGUGGUACUAGAAUAAAAGCACAAGGUACUGACUUUGAUAUUGGUAAUAAAGAAAUGACUAGAGUAAUACUGAGAGAAUCAUCAUCAAGAAAGAAGAGAAACACAUGUCCUGACGUUAACUGUACUAUUAUGAGUAUUACUAAUACUGAGAUCAAUUGUGUUACUGGUAGUGUAAAUGCUAGUGACUGUAUGAAGAAUGUAAUAGUAUCAGUCAAUGGAGCUUCAUUCUUUAAUACUAGUAUAAGUUAUCAUUAUAAACCUGAUCCUACUUUUGAUAGUAUCAGCCCUAUGAACAUAAUUCCAGUUGGUGGCAUUCAACUAGUAUUCACUGGUGCUAAUUUAAAUUCAGUUCAGUCUCCUACUAUUACUAUUACUGAUAGUAGAUUGAUUCCUAGUAGUAUUGAGUCUUGUGUCUUUAAUACUGAUGCUACAUUGGUCUGUAUUGCUCCUAAUAUUAGUAAUGUGACAGACAGCAGUUACUAUGGGACACAUAUUGAAUACAUGCUAAUGUUAGAUGGAGCAGAGUCACCUAAUUACAUGAAUACUGAUCUGAGACUAACACUGCAACCUAAUCCAAUAUUUACUGGUAUUGAUGUUAACUCAAGAUCUAUAUCAGUUGAUGGUAGUAAAGUUAUUACUAUUACAGGAAUGAACAUAAAAUCUGUUCGUGAUUCAGAGAUUGAUAUUACACUAGGAAACAAUGAUAACGAUGUGUGUAAUGUCAGAACAAGCUCUAAUACUGAGAUUACCUGUAGUCCACCAGGCAAGCCAUCAGGUACCACACUAGUACUAAGAAUUAGAGUGGGAAGAAAUUUAGUGUUUCCACCAAAUGGUGUCACUGGCCCUGAAUGGACACUAGUAUAUACUAGAACUACUAGUACUACUAGUACUAGUAGUAGUACUACUAUUACUAGUAGUACUACUACUAUUACUGCAAUUACUACUACUACUGGGCCUACUAGCACUAGCACUAGUACUCCCGGUUCUACAUCAAUUGAAGCUAUUGUUGGAGGAUCUAUAGCAGCUAGUGUGAUUAUUACAGUGUUGAUUGUAGUAAUACCAUUGAUAAUUGUCAUUUUUAUUUUAAAAAAGAGACCAAAGGACAAAAAAGACAAGUUAAUAGUUCAUGAAGAUAAUGUAAUUGUCCCAAUGUCUAACAAUAUGAUUUAUCUUAGCAACAUUAGCCAAGAUAACAUUCUCCUUCCCCAGUCUAACCCAGCAUACAUUAAAGCUUCAGCUAUUCACAUAUAUGAUGAAAUACCUGCAGGCCAUUAUGAAGAAAUACCAGCAGUAAAGAAAAAAAAUCUUCACAAUAAUGAUAAUGAUGAUGAUGCUAUAAGAAAUCAAGAAGAUCAAGACAAUGACAGCUAUGUUAGUCAAGUGGAUCAAAAUGAUCAAGAUAAUGACAGCUAUGUUAGUCAAGUGAAUCAAGAUGAUCAAGAUAAUGACAGCUAUGUUAGUCAAGUGAAUCAAGAUGAUCAAGAUAAUGAAGAUAAUGAAGGCUAUGUUGAUAUAGGAAUGGUUAGUGAUAUUGCUCAAAGUCAAGAAGAUAAAGGAAGCUACAAAAAUAUUUCAGAUAAUGAUGAUUAUAUUUGAAAAA